AUGAGAAUUCUAAGUUGCGAGCUUCACGGACAAGCAGUACUCCAUAAUCUCUGCAGCAUCCCGGAACUAUGGAAGUGGAAUCUAAAACCCAAAAAUGUUGACAAUAUCAAAGACUUCGACAUUGAUGUCAGCGGCGAUGAUACCUGGUCUAGCUACUUUAAAUUUGGUGGAGACAAAAAUGGUUGGCACCUUGUCAAGAAGCUAUAUGCUAUGCACACUAUCAAGAUGAGUGAACUUGUCCAGCGUCUCACGGAAAGGUAUCCGUACUACAGAAAACGUGGUAUUAGAGAGCAAACCUCGGCCCACAUAGAGGACACAUUGGUUGAUGUCUGCGAAGCUAUCCUUGUCCCGGAGACUGCACUAGAACUGUUACGGAAGAAGAACGAGAAAGCGGAGAGGGAGAAGUUGGAGACGGAAAGGUUGGAGAAGGAGAGGUUAGAGGAUAUAUCGGAGGAGUAA